AAUGACUCAAAGACAGUGGCAUGACCAAGGCACAUCUCUGCGAAGAUGACAGUUCAGAAAAGCUGGAAACCUAUAGCACAGAGCAUAGUCUGCAGAGAGCUAAACAGACUGGGAAAUGUACUUUCCACCUGACUGUGGUCUAAAUCUCUCAUAGGCAGCUCAGCUUGUUUCCUCUUCUUACAUGUAGCUGGUCUGGUCUCAGUAUCUUCUUUGCAGCUCAGCUUGACUAAGAACUCUCAACUUUUUAUUCUUUUCUCUGGCAGGGAGGGUCUUAGUGAAUCUGGUUAGUUUCAGGGACUUCCUGAACCUAUUUUGAGUUAUUUACCUUCCUACUUAAGGUAUCUACUUUCUCUUUUCUUUUAUUUUUUCUCCUUUUCUUGUUUUGUUUUUUGUUUUAGAGACAUGGUUAUUUUGUGUAGUUUUGGCUGUCAUGGAACUAGCUUAAACUAACGGAAUCUGCCUAUCUCUGCUUCCUGAGUGCUAAGAUUAAGGUGUAUGUAUAGUAUUUUGUGUGUGUGUGUGCGCGCGCUCAAUGAUAGAAUUCCUGUCUGCCACAGGACCUGGGUUUGAGCCUCCACAUCCCCUCCCUUCUUUCUCUCUAACCUCACUCCAGGGCAUUCCUUAAGCAAAAAGUGUUGUUAGUUUACCAGAUGUGGAGGGCAGUAAGAAAAAUGUUUAAGCCUACUGCCUGAUUGUUUGAGCUUAGAAUGACAGAGAUGCAAAGAGCCCACACUGAUUUCAACUGUGAACGUUCUGGACAGGAGACCAGAAGGAAACAAUUUACUGAGGGACUGGGUAAGGAGAGAAGGUAGAUGAAAAGUCUGGAUGCCCUGAUUGUGAGACUGCAGAAGGAACGAAGGGAUUUGUGUUCGGAGGCUAUGGUAGAAAUCAAGAGAAGAAAUGGUGAUGGGGCCAGUGAGAUGGCCCAGCAUGUAAGGGUGCUUGGUACAAGCAUGGUGAGGACUGAAUUUGAUCCCUGAAACCAACGUGGCUGGUGUAGAGAACCCUCUCCAGCCAACAGUGCUCUGAUCUCCUGCACAUGUGCAUAUGCAUGCACACAUAUAAAUAAAUGGGAAAAAAAUCUUAAAAUGAAAAGGAAGUAUAGACCAGAGAGCUUGUUCGGUUCCUACGUUUGUGGGGCUUACAACUACCUGUAACUUCAGCUUCAUGGGCUCCGGGGCUAUUGUCCUCAGCAGGCAGCUGCCGUCACGUGCAUAAGCACAUAUACACUUAUGUACAUAAUUAAAAUAAUAUUUUUGAAAGAUAAAAUGAUGGACAGUAGGGCACUAUUGGAGGAAGAGAGAAACAACUGUUAAGAGAUCCUUGGUGACUAGAAGAAAACGCAGUGGCCAAGAACAGCCUCACUCCUGCUAUCUGACAGCUCCUGGGUGAAUGGCCCUUUUCGUGAAGGAAAGAAGGAGGAGCACAUUUUGAGGGGCAAUGUGGUGGCUGCUUAGAGACCGCCCAAAAGACGUCGGGUUGGGCACCGGGUGAGUCAGCACUAACUAGGUAAGAUGGAGUCAAUCCUGUCCUGAACCUGCUCCUGCGAGUUAGCCCCUCGCUAGAAGGAACCCUGGAAGCUAACGUGGAGACUGGGGCCUCAGCUUGGGCAGGAGCAGCCCAGAGAACCCGGAACCUUCAGCCGCCUCCGCCCACGUUCGCGGCGGGACAAGACGAGAGAACCCCUCCUCUGCUGCUAAGGGGCGGCCCGGAAGUGACGCUUUGUUGACAGCACACCCGCAGCCACAGGCUCUCCAAGCCUUCGGAACAGGAUCGGGGGGAGGGGCUGGGCCCGGAGCCAAGCAGCCGGCGGCCCGAGGGCAAGGGAACGGCCUCCGUCCGGGGCUCCGGUCGCAGCAUUCCCGCCCUGCCCCGCCCCGCCCCGCCGACCCGGACCCGGACCGGAUCCGACCUCCUGCGGCGCUUUGGCCGCCGAUUCCCCCGGGCCGCAGCCUCCGCUUGUAAGCCUGCGAAGCAUCCUGUCUCCCCGUUGAGGGCCGCCCCCUCCUAGGGUACGUCCUAAAUGCCGAGCCAAGAGACGUACCUGCAUCCUUUUCUUCACCCUGUCUCAGGGUCUAAGCAUUGUCGCUGCGACUCCUUGCAGAGGUCCACCACAGGCUAGUGGUGGGAUGGCGCUCGUCGCCUGCCACCCAGGUCUGAGGAUUUUGCCUUGAAAAUUGAGCUCUCUCUAGAAUGAGAACGACGCUCGCCCUUGCAAAAUGGGGGCUCAACGUAGGGCUUAGGAGGCCAGCCUCUGCCCCUCCUACCUGUUGGAUGAGUUUAGGUCUUCUCCCAACCCCCGAAGCCGUGCUACUUAAAAGCUUAGGGAUGGCUUGGCUCCUGGAUCAGCUCCCAAAAUGCGAUGCCAAGGCUGUGGCUCUGCCAAUGAUCUUGUGAUUAUUGGUAAUCCAUAGUUGCCCUUGUGGGCCGCUGCUGCCGUCUCCCAGCAUGGCGUCUGACACGCCCGAGUCCCUGAUGGCCCUCUGUACUGACUUCUGUCUCCGGAAUCUUGAUGGCACCCUGGGCUACCUCCUGGACAAAGAGACCCUGCGGCUGCAUCCAGACAUCUUCUUGCCCAGUGAAAUCUGUGACCAGCUGGUCAAUGAGUAUGUGGAGCUGGUCAGUGCUGCCUGCACUUUUGAGCCACACGAGACUUUCUUCAGCCUCUUCUCAGACCCCCGCAGUACUCGGCUCACUCGCAUCCACCUUCGUGAGGACCUGGUGCAGGACCAGGACCUGGAAGCCAUUCGCAAACAGGACCUGGUGGAGCUCUACCUGACCAACUGCGAGAAGCUGUCCGCCAAGAGCCUGCAGACACUGCGGAGCUUCCGACACAGUCUGGUGUCCUUGAGUCUCUCCGGCUGUGCCAACAUCUUCUAUGAGGAGGACAACCCAGGCGGCUGUGAGGAUGAGUGCCUGGUCAACCCCACCUGCCAGGUGCUGGUCAAGGACUUCACCUUCGAGGGCUUCAGCCGCCUGCGCUUCCUCAACCUGGGCCGCAUGAUUGACGGUAUCCCCGUAGAGUCACUGCUUCGGCCACUCAACUCCCUGGCCGCCUUGGACCUCUCAGGCAUCCAGACAAGUGAUGCCACUUUCCUAACACAGUGGAAGGACAGUCUGAUGUCCCUUGUGCUCUACAACAUGGACCUUUCAGAUGACCACAUCCGUGUCAUUGUCCAGCUGCACAAGCUGCGCCACCUGGACAUCUCCCGAGACCGCCUCUCCAGCUACUACAAGUUCAAGCUGACUCGGAAGGUGCUCAGCCUCCUAGUGCAGAAGCUGGGGAACCUAAUGUCACUGGACAUCUCUGGUCACAUGAUCCUAGAGAACUGCAGCAUCUCCAAGACAGAUGAGGAGGCAGGGCAGACCAGCACCGAGCCAUCCAAGAGCAGCAUCAUGCCCUUCCGGGCUCUGAAGAGGCCACUGCAGUUCCUUGGGCUCUUUGAGACCUCAUUGUGUCGUCUUACGCACAUUCCAGCCUACAAAGUGAGUGGUGACAAAAAUGAAGAGCAGGUGCUGAACGCCAUCGAGGCCUACACAGAGCACCGGCCCGAGAUCACAUCCAGGGCCAUCAACCUGCUGUUUGACAUUGCACGCAUUGAACGCUGCAACCAGCUUCUGCGGGCCCUGAAGCUGGUCAUCACAGCCCUCAAGUGUCACAAGUAUGACAAAAACAUUCAAGUGACCGGCAGUGCUGCCCUCUUCUACCUGACCAACUCCGAGUACCGCUCGGAGCAGAGCGUCAAGUUGCGGCGGCAGGUCAUCCAGGUGGUGCUGAAUGGCAUGGAGUCCUACCAGGAGGUGACGGUGCAGCGGAACUGCUGUCUGACCCUCUGCAACUUCAGCAUCCCCGAGGAACUGGAGUUCCAGUACCGCCGGGUGAACGAGCUGCUGCUGGGCAUCCUCAGCCCCACGCGUCAGGACGAGUCAAUCCAGCGGAUCGCUGUGCACUUGUGCAAUGCCCUGGUCUGCCAGGUGGACAAUGACCAUAAGGAGGCUGUAGGCAAGAUGGGCUUCGUCGUGACCAUGUUGAAGCUGAUCCAGAAGAAACUGCUGGACAAGACGUGUGACCAGGUCAUGGAGUUCUCCUGGAGUGCUCUGUGGAACAUCACAGAUGAGACACCUGACAACUGCGAGAUGUUCCUCAACUUCAAUGGCAUGAAGCUCUUUCUCGACUGCCUGAAGGAGUUCCCAGAGAAGCAGGAGCUACACCGUAACAUGCUAGGGCUCUUGGGGAAUGUGGCAGAGGUAAAGGAGCUGCGACCUCAGUUGAUGACCUCCCAGUUCAUCAGCGUCUUCAGCAACCUGCUGGAGAGCAAGGCCGACGGCAUUGAGGUUUCUUACAACGCCUGUGGUGUCCUCUCUCACAUCAUGUUUGAUGGGCCUGAGGCCUGGGGUGUCUGUGAACCUCAGAGGGCAGAGGUGGAGGAUCGUAUGUGGGCGGCCAUCCAGAGCUGGGAUAUCAACUCCCGAAGGAAUAUCAACUACAGGUCAGAGAUGGGAAGGUCCUUUGAGCCAAUCCUCCGCCUCCUUCCCCAGGGUAUUUCUCCAGUCAGCCAGCACUGGGCCACCUGGGCCCUGUACAACCUCGUGUCUGUCUACCCUGACAAGUACUGCCCCCUGCUGAUUAAAGAAGGUGGGAUGCCCCUGCUGAGAGACUUGAUCAAGAUGGCAACUGCCCGGCAGGAAACCAAGGAGAUGGCCCGCAAGGUGAUUGAGCACUGCAGUAACUUUAGAGAGGAGAACAUGGACACGUCCAGAUAGAGGCCACACAGCUCGGACCACAGGCCGGGAGGAAGCGCUGGAGGUCUAGUGGGCAGGUCCCUUUGCGGAGCCUCCUACAGGGUGAAGAAACAGCGAGGACUUGCACAGCCGACGCAUUUCCUUAAUGUUAGUGAGAUAUAUAUUAUAUAUAUAUAUAUAUAUAUAUAUAUAUAUAUUUUUUUUUUUUUUGGUUAGGAAGUGUGAAGUUUUGUGUGUAUGACUUCUCCCGAGUCUUUGCAGCUCCUUGCCACUCUUGGUCCGCCUCCAAGCUUUGGUUGCUGCCAUGUUCCCUCCUGCCCCAGCCAGGCUUGCCUCUAAUGCUGUGAGUGCCUGGCCCCUUCCCAGUGAGCUGACCCUGGCCUGGCUUCUGUCUGUUGUGGGAGGAGCUGGCCCUUAGCAGGCUACUCAACAUCCCUGAUCCCUGCCUGAGUGCCCUGCCCAGGUUCCCAGGUGAGUGAGGCUGGCAAGCUUUAGGAUUAAGUCCAGCCCUACUGGGUUUCCCAGAAGCCUUGGUGCUCCAGGCUGUGAGCCAUCUGGGGCCAAAAGAGUAAGCUGUUCCCAGGCCUUAGGCCAAGCAGAUCCUGUCCAGAGGACCCUGGAGAAGCAGGGCUCUGUUGGCCCACUGCUCUCUGGCCAGGCCUGUCUGUGGCCAUGCUGCUAUGGAGGAAGGCUGCCUCAAGUCUCCCUCAGGCCCCUAGGUUUUUGAAGGCUGCAGCCCAGAGAGGGUCAGAACUCAGGGGCAAUUACACUGCCCCUUCUGCCAAACAUGCCCCAAACCGCCUCAGCUCUGGCAGCUGGCACCUUCCGGGACCAGGGUCUUUCCUUGUUCUGUAGCCCUUAUCUGCCCACAGCACCCCAGUGCCCAGGUACUCCCACCAGCAGCAGAGCUGAGCCCACCCGCUGUCCAGAAGAUACUACAGCUCCCUCCAAGGCAGGAGGUCCCCACUCCAGCCUCACAGUGGCAGCAGGAAGCCACCUCCAGACCAGCACUUGGACAGUCCUCUGUCCCUCCAGCCCAGUCAGGUUGUCCCUGAGAAGCUGCUGCGCUGUGUGACAGGCAGUAACAGCAAGCUCUCUGGAUAUCUCCUGCACCCUGUCCUUGUAUCUCAGCAUUGCUUUUCAUUGUUGUAGCUACUGAGGAGACCCAUGCACAUAAGCAGGCUUUAGGGAGCAAAGCUGGCCCUGGAAGCAGCCUCUGGUGUGGCUUUUUCUGCCCUCUUUCUUCUCUGUGCCCGUUUUUCCGGGCUUGCCUGCCUACAGUCAGAAGGGGCCUGGCUGCUCCCAGAACUCAGGGAGAGGCGACUGAUCUUCCCAGAGGAAACUCUCCCUGCCAGGUUGCUUCGCCCAUGCAGCACUUGGGCAGCCUCAGCCCAUCCUUUCCAUCCCACGUCCUCUGGCCCUGCAGGCCCUGAGCAGAACUCGCAUCCCAUUGCUUUCCUACCUGGGUCUGGGGAAAUGUCUGUACUUCAGGAUGUCACAGAAAUACAUUUUGUGCAAAGUGCA